AAAAAAAAUAGUACAAUUUAAUAUUUAUUUUUUUAUUGAAAUUUAAUUUAAUUUGGUCUAAAGUUAAUUUAUUUAUAUGUAAGAUGGUCGUUUAUACCUUUAUGUUUGUAUUUUAUAUUUACAUUGAGAUUUGCAUGUUAUUUAAUUGGUCUUUUGUGAAACGGUUCUUAAAUGCAGGUUUUGUAGUAAGUCCACCAUCCAAUACCUCAUCUGUUGAUCAAAAACCAUCGACAUUUAAGUGUGAUAAUUGUACAAAAAGUUAUCGUUACAAACAUGGUUUAUGGAGACACAUUAGAUAUGAAUGUGGAAAGGAACCACAAUUUCAAUGUUUAUUUUGUCCAAAAAUGUGUAAAAUUAAAACUAAUCUUACACAACAUAUGCGUCUUAGACAUUAUCAACUUAUGAACAAUCUAUACCAAUCACAGUACUAUGCUUAAUAUAAUAUUAUUAAUGUUGAAAUAAAAUGUUUCAAUUCUUCAUAUUAUUAAAACAAUUUAAAAAAUAAAUAUCUCUUAUUAUAUUUGUA